AGCAGUGCCCACGCACAGGAACGUGUCUAUAUAUUCAGAAAUUACCAUUAAAAUAAAGCCUCUUUACUAAAAAUUAUAGCCUGAAUUUGAGGGCAUUAUAUCAAUGUUCUUAUGCAGAAAAAUAUAUUUAUGUGACACACGUGACUGCUAAAUCGUGAGCACUCUAACUCUCGUAAUUUUAGUGACUUGAAGCUGAACAGCGACUAUUGAGCUCCGGCAAAACUACAUUGGAGACGUAAUAUGCAGCUACUGCUUUAGUUAAGAAGAAGGACCAAAAAUGGCGGUUGAAGAAGACCCGCCCCCGGCGAGGGGUGAAGAGGAGCUAGACAUCCUGGACCACGGCGCCCUCGUCGCCGACAUGAAGCGUAACGAUCAAGUCUCUCUCGAAGAACGCGCCAAGAAGGCAAAGAGCAACAGAAUCAAACAACUGCAGAUAUUCGAGGAGUUCGAGAAGAGGGGCGCCGCCCCUGCCACAGCCGGGGGUAGGCAUGCCAAGAUCAAGUUCCCGCCAGACGUGCCUCUCAUGGACGCCGCGGCUAAAGGCGCCGUGGAUGACAUGAGAGAACUAAUGAAGAAAGGUUUGGACCCAAACGCAAACAACUACGAGGGGCUAACAGCGCUCCACAAUUGUUGCAUCGACGGCAACAUUGAGAUGGUGAAGCUCCUUCUCGACCACGGGGCGAAGGUGAACGUCUCCGACAAAGAUGGCUGGACACCACUUCAUGCUGCAGCUACUUGUGGAUUCACAGAUAUAGUGAAAGCUUUGAUAAAGGCUGGUGCAGAGCUACUCGCCAUCAAUGGUGAUGGCGACAUGCCUUUUGAUAUCGCUGAAGACGAGAACACUCUGAACGUCAUAGAGGAAGCAAUGCGCAGUCAAGGUAUCACCAACGAACAAGUACAGGAAAAGAGAACCGAGCUCCAUGUGACAAUGUUCGAAGACGUCAAGGAAUUGGUCAAAGAAAACAUGAGCUUGGAUGCAUUCGUUAAUGAAGAAGGAGCUACUCUACUUCACGUGGCCAUUGCCCACGGAUUCAAUGACGUAGUGGAAUUCCUGCUGGACAACGGGGCGAGUGUCGACAUCGGAGACUGCGACGGCUGGGAACCUGUGCAUGUAGCAGCUUUCUUCAAUAAUAUUGUAGCGCUGACAUUGUUGGUGACUAAAAGACAAGCCAAUUUGAGAGCGUUAAACAACUCUGGGGUAGAUCCCUUGAAACUUGCGGAUUCACUGGACACCAGAAAAGCUGUGCAGAGCCUUCUCAAAACUGAUCAACCACAAUUAAAACGUGAACACAAAGAACUCGAGGUAAUGGCGUCGCUGGACUCACUCGCAUCUGAUGACACCGUUGCGGAGAAUGAGCCCUUGAGCUUCUUAGAAGGAACUUCAAGGGAAACUAACAUCGAUGAAGUUCUUCAAAAUAAAAUCGAUAGCCCAAUUGACAAAAACGAGAUUCAAAGCAGUAAAUCAUCCUUGAUUGGAGACGGUGACUUCAUGCCUGUGCUAAAGAGGGUUGAGAGCAUCAGCACCAAGCGUAGCUCCAUCCGUGAGGCGAAAAAACAAGCACCAACCAUAAAGAACGCCAACUUCAUACGCAGGGACUCAUACGAAGCCUACGACAACUCUUACGAUCUCCUACUCGUCAAGAAGAAACCCGACAUCCAGAAGGUCAAGUCCACCCAAGGCAGUGAAACAGAAGUUAAUCCUAAACAGAGUUUAGAAGAAAUCGAAGAGAGCGAAGACUGUGAAAAAAUACAAGAGGGAAUACGAUCGGAGCUCAGCCAAGGGCCAACAAAGAUCGAUGUACUUCCAGCAGCCGCUAGCGGGACAGUUCAUUCCGAGCCAAUAUUCGCCAAUGAAGAACCAAUAGCAAACUCAAACGAGCUCACCGGUUCGGUUCACCCUUCACCAUUCGGCAACGAUCCUCCUGAACAUGUCUACGAGUUACAGGAAGAAGAAAUGGCGGAGGCUGAUAAACCUGGCAACACAUACGUCAACACCGCAGAACCAUUGAACAGUUCUACAUUAAAGAAUAAUGAAUAUACCCUACCAUCUGACAGUGAAUCGUCGGACCUUGAACAGGCAGCCCUUGGAGCCUUGGAAACGAGUAAAACCUAUCCAUCGGCAGUUCUUAAAAAAGAGGAGCCUGCGUCUACCACACUGUAUGACAAUGGUUCACGAGGAACGUCAAUAUAUGACACUGAGCCACGAAUUUACUUGGCAAACAACGCCGAAAAGCCGGUCGCUCCAUCAAGUGACAAGAAGGCAGGCUCUUCGCUUUACAAAAAUGAUACACCGCUUACCUCUCAGGACGAAAAAUCCAGUUCAUUGUACGAAAACGAAAUUUCAAACACUUCAUUGUAUGAUGAUCCUUCCCUUACUAAUGGAAGUUUUUCUUCAUCUUCCGCCAACAACAACCCUUCAGCAACAACAUAUCAAAAUGGUAUCUUCACUGCAGAUGAUAAUCUCUAUGAAGUAGAUUCUUCGUCAAUUUCAUCCCAAGAAAGUGAUUCUCAAGAAAGAAGAAAGAAGGAAAAUCCGUCCCAGGUCGGAGCACUGGGCGUAGCUCAGCCAGGUAAGAAAGAAGCAACAGCAUCACAUAAAAAAGACGCAUCCUUACCCAGUUCCGAAAGCCCAAAGUCUACUGCAAUCAAAAAAGAUUCCGGACACACUCUUAGUGAAGUAGAAAAAUCCAGGGAAGGAACUCCAAAAACAGAAAGCAAAGAUGCAACGAUUCCCAAAUUUAGUAGCCAAGUAAAUAAAGAAACGAUAGAUAAAAGUUCAACUAUUAUUUCUGGUGAGAAGACGCCGAGAAACGAUUCUCGAGCCCCGCCUGUAACCACAGUAAGCCAAACUCCAGUACCGCUUCGUCGCAAGAAAUACGAAGCUUUACCAGACAACCGAGGACAUUCCCAAGAGAAGCCUGUUUCAGGAUCCUUACAAGAAUUAAAGCUCAGGAGGCAGCAGUCGAGGCAGACGCUAAUCAUGGAGGAAUCAGAAGGACUGACGCCAGUUAUUUCAAGGGGCGCGACAAACACUUACGCCACUUCAUCGUCCGCCCAGUUUUUCAGACCGCCUGAUAGUCCUUCACGUAGCCGCAAGGUCUUCAAGGCUCCAGAAUACGAGCCAGAUAAAAAUAUUUUCAAAAGGAAAGGACGGUGUGUUGUAAUGUAGAAAAUGCAACGGUAUUUCUACCAAAAUACUACAUUGCAAUAUUGUUAAAUUAAUCAACGAUCAAGUUCAGCUCCAUAAAUAGUACCGUAGUAUUUUUGAAGCCGACAAUUUACGGUUGUGAAUUAAACAAUGGUAAAAUUGACCGGCGCUCAUGGUCAUAACUUCUAUAAAAUUGUAUCAAAGUACAUUUUACCAUCAAAAUAUUUUAAAUGACUCACGGCUCGCCCAUUAUUACGAAACUAAAAUGUUCAGCAAGUCAUUAUAGCACAUACCGGUAACGUUCUUCCUCUGCACUAGCCGACUCUAUCUGAACUGAAAAGUUUGACAGAGAGUUUUGGACAAAUUUUAUAGACUCACGGGGGAAUUCAUCGUUAUUUUGUUUCGGGUGAUUCUGAGUGAGGAUUUGAUAAAAAAAAUACCAGCCUUGCUUAGCUUUGAAUGAAAAAAACAUGAAAAACGUCGUUGACUAGACAAGGCAUAGACCAAUGUUACAUUUUAAUGAGAACGCGCCGAUUGAAGUAGUUUCUGCUAGGUAUAUUUAAAAAGUCUUGUAAUUCUCUUGUGAUUGAAACUGUGACAUGGCAAUGCUUAAAUAAUUCUGUAGGGUGAGGUCAAAGUGGUUGAAAAUUUACCUUCCAAGUAUGUACAUAAGAGCAUUGAUUAUUAAUUAAAAGUUUAUUCAUGAUUAUACUAAUAUACUAUGUCAGUUUUAAGCUGUUUUUCAAUAAAUGAUUGCAUAAA